AUGGCCGCCACCGAAGAGCGGCGGAAAAGCGAUUUGAUUAAAGAGAUAGAGAUCGUUUUGAAGGCGGCCGUGGCUUCGUUGCAUUCUUCUAAGGAUCCGGUUUCGAGUGAUAUAACGCAGAAUUUGUGCAAUACCGUGGAGGCAGUGUUUAUUCACGGGCUGCGCGAUCCGUUCUUUUUGAAGGGCAGUCGAUACGCAAAGUACCCGGAACCGAAUUUCUGGCCCUUCGUCUCCAAGCUCUCCCAUCCGGGGAUUUUAAACCAGAUAAAAGCGCUGAAGCUCGUCCAGACGGAGAUUGGAAAAGGAAGGGCAUGGAUCCGGUGCGUACUGAACGAGGCCGCGCUCGAGCACUAUAUUAUGCUCAUCAAAAGUGAUUGUGCGGACAUUGAACGAUUCUAUAAUGAAGAUGCAUUCCUUCGCGAUGCCGAGAAAAUGGACUGUAUGCGGGAUUUUUUGAAAGGAAUGAUGUCGAGAUGCACGAUCGUUUCCCCAACAAAUAGCGCAGUUUUGAACACGUGGACGCCGACGCCGUUGAUUCUGGCGGGGCUGAGCAGCGGGCGGCCGAUCAGGGUUGGGCACCUGACAAGGACAAAACUGCCCUCAACGAGUGAGCACGAUGAAGUGGGGCAGUUGGCGACGGACUUACUGCCCGGGGUUGCGCAACCGCAGCGGAUUCGACGAGCGAAUAUGUUUCAGGAAAAUGAAUCCGACGACGGCUCGGUUUAUUCGCAUCCAUCAAGGAUGGGCGGCAACUUGCCCUUUUCUUCAACGCCAAUAACUGGAUCACCGAUCUACGAGCCCGAGCAGCCGGCAAAAAUUCUGGUGGUUGAGCGCCGAAAAAAGAAGCAGCGGAAGCUUGGAAGCCGAAGCAAUUCAAAUUCCGAGUCGAACCAAUCUGCGUCAAACUCGGACCUUCCACAAAUGGCUUCAUCGGUUCCGGUUUCGGCCUCGUGGAACGAGAAUCUAGCUAAAAUCGAUGACACCGAGAUUUCGCCCGUGAAAAAGGGCGACCAUUCGCAUCAAUCGGAAACGGUGGAUUCGGGCAUCUACGAAUUUGGGCGUCGACCCAGUGAGAGUCCAAAAAGCAAGGCGAUCAACGCGGGCAUGGAGGAGGCUGGGCAAAGAAUUGGUGCUGAUGACGUCUUCAACGAUUCCAGCGGUGCCAGAAGCGAUAUCCUGAACGCGUGUUCACCCAUUGAAAAUACGGACUCGUGCAGCGAUUUCGGCGGCGGAUCCCUGGGGUCAGGCUCGGAUUCGAUGGGGCCGAUUCAGCCGUUUGGGGCAGCGUUGCGGAAUGCUGUGCAGAGUGAAUUACUGCUCGACGCCGAGGUGCCGGCGGCAGAUGAGGGUGUUGCCGAGGUGGCCGAGGAGUUGGACGAGGGGUUGACGUUUGCACCCUCUCGAAAAAGUACGGCGCCUUCAAUGGAUAUGGCUGUCGAGGUGGUUUCGGAAGCCCUUCCGGAAGUUGUCGAGCUCGAAAAACCGGACGAUGAGCUGCGCAGACGAUUUCUGCAAAUCCCCAACGAGGUCGGACUGGAUGCUCAAGAUUGGCGCUGUCCACAGUGCAAGAGGACGAUCGGCUGUGGAUACGGUAGAUGGAAAACCUGCGGCCUGGACGCGCUCUACUACUGCGCCGACUGUUUUUCCGCCGAGCUGCGGCCGAUUCCGUCCCGGGUUUUACUGAAUUGGGACCAUCGUCCGCGAGCUGUUUCGACGAGGGGGAAGGUCUAUAUUGACCAGCAUGCCGAUGAGCCCUUUUUCCGGGUGGACGAGAUGAAUCCGGAGUUGUACGAGAAUGUCGACGAGAUGAGAAAUAUUCGGGCGACACGUGAACGCCUCCAAGCCGUCGCCAUGUAUCUCUUUUCGUGCCGGGACCAGGUCGCCGAUGACCUGAGAAGACGUGCCGGCACCGGUUCUCAUCAUCUCGUUGAGCAGCUACAUGUCUAUAGCUAUCAGGACCUUCUCCACGUCUAUUCGGGUGUUCUGGAGAUGCAUCUUCAGAAUUUAUUGAAGUUUGCGAUCAACCACGUGGCACACUGCCAACUCUGCCGGCAGAAGGGCUUCCUGUGUGAGAUGUGCUCGAAGGGGGACGUCAUCUACCCAUUUCAGGAGGAUACGCAUCGGUGCCAAAAGUGCUACGGUGUCUUCCACGCAACAUGCUGGCAGGAAGCCGCCUCAUCCGGCUGUAGACGAUGUGAGCGACGGGAUCAGCGAGUUCACCGCCAGCCCUCCCAGCAGACCCCGUUCCUCGAU